CAUCUCAUUUAAAAUUGUCUGUUAAUGACUGAAAAACUCAAAGCGAGCUUUGCUGGAGGAGAAACGAAAAAGUCCCUCCCUCCUCCCUCCAAGUGAGAUUAUAAGGCGUCCUCAGUGGGCUCACAGCGAGCAUUUUUUUCCAGGGCCUCCAAGAAGCCAAGUGCUUCUUUUGCUACCUUUUAGACCCCAGAAAAAUGUGCGCUCUAAGAAUAUGGGGGGUGCUGUGCAUGAUUUUGUGCACGGGCGGGUCGCCGUACCUCAACCAGGUGGACUACGUUGACUUCUACGACAACGAGGUGUCCAGAGAGCAACUUGGAGAGGAUUCCUCGGAGUCGCAAACAUCGUGCCAAUCUGACAAUCUCCUUCGAUGGGACAAGCUUUUUAUCGCCCUGGAGAACUCUCACAUGAGGCAGAACAUGCUGUUGGAGUUGUCGGAAUCAUGCUGCGGGGCCAUGACGUCCCUCAGGGCGCAGAUGGAGCACCUGGCCCGGACGGCGUCCCGCCAGUGCCCGUCUUGGCAGGCGGCCCUCAAGUUGCUUCGCCAGGAUCUCCUGGAGCUCCGAGAAGAAGGCGAGGCGAGGGAGAGGCGCUUCAACGCCACCCUGCAGACGUAUAAUCGCUCCUCGCCGUUGGGUGUCAAAGAGCAGGACGUGACGCAGGGAGUGACGUCACCCCCCGCCGACAGCUUGGAGAGGGCACUGGUUGCCAUAGCGACCGAGCUGCAGAAGCUCCACGUGCAGCUCGGCCGAGUGAUCCAACAGGCGGGCGCGCUCAGGAAAGAGAGUGGAAACUCAUGAGAGGCCUACCCCAAAUGGACUCCUGUCUUAGAGUGGCUAUCUAAAGUCUACACACCCCUGUGCAAAUGGUAGGUUUUUGUGAUUGGAAACAAAAUGAGACUAAGAUGAAUUCUUUCAAAAAUUCUGUGAUGUAUAACCCGUAAAAAACUUUUGAAGACGGUAGAUGUGCUAGUGUUACUUGUUUGUUUUCACUUUACCUCUUGGAAAGAUUAACGAGAGUUCUCCAGGUCAAGCUGAUAGGAGAAUGUUUUGAAAUGAUUUAUCUUGGUCUCACCAUAAAAACUGCCAUUUAGCAGUGGGUGUGCAAUCUUUUUAUAUCCACAACAUAUUUGCACUUUUGGAUUAUUAUUGAGGAAUUUGACCCUCUUUGAACUUUUUGUCUGUCUUUGUCCGGAUGUAUUUGAACUAGUCAUAAAAAAGUCAUUAAAAGAAGACCAAUA